AUGACAGAAAGCAAGAGUUUCAGCAAACCAGAGAAGAGUGAAGAAUGUAAGGGCUUUUCUUCCAGCAUAACUGAAGAUCGUAUAUUGCCUUUUGAGUUCCCCUUUUACAGUUCCCAUGAACUGCAGCAAGAUUUGGCACCUGAUGCUCUUGGCCUAGUUCCUAUUGAAUCUGUAGAUGUGAAAGUGAGACAUAUUCUUCCUUUUUAUGACUUGAAGGUUCCUCAGCAUUUCAGCAUUAUGAAGUAUCAGCCAUUUUGUACACACUAUGCAGCCACAAGCUACGAACCUCGAAAACUUUCCCGACCACUGAGGCAGGGAGCCCAGGAUGAGUUGAUUCAAGUAAUUGCUUCUUCUGAGGGGCAGCUUGGCCUGGUCUCCGAGAGGGCAGAUUUUCACAAACCAUCCCCAGAAGCAGCAGGAAGGGAUAUCAGCCUCUUAAAACUGAUUCCUCCCCAAGCUUUAGUCUACCCUACAGAGAGCAUCCCACUUCGCAUUUUUAACCCUACUCCAGGAUUAGUUCCAGUUUUACUUCCUUUGGCCUAUUCUGAAACAAAUAUUGAAUAUCAUCUUUGUCCUCAUCCAAAAUACACCUUUACCAAGGAAUGCCCCAAAGGAUCCAGUAUUCCAGUCACACAAAAGAAAUUUCUACAUCACAAGGAUGUGAUUUCUGGAGUAAUGGAAUGGAAAAGAUUCUUACCAGUGGUGCAUUCUGCUUUUUCUAACACUCCCACAUGGACAAGUACAACACCUAGGGAUCCUUACAGUUCAGAUAUGCUUCCAAGACAUGUACCACCAAUGUUGUGUGACUUACCUGAGAGAGACAAGGAGAACAUAAUCGACCAAGAGACAGAUGAAACUGAGUUCAAAAUGGUUCUUACUCCAGAGAUGGUGAGAGCUGAAUUUCCACAAGUUGGGCAGACACUCUCAGAAGAAAGCAAAGAGAAAUCAGCAAAAGAAGAAAGAGACCUGCACAAGCAUCCAGAUGGACAUUUCCAACUCGAAAACAAUGAGCUCAGAGAGAAGGUUCAAAAACAUGUGGAGGAAAUGAAGCUGAAAGCACUUAAUAAAACCCUUAUUCUCGGAUAA